UCGGCGGGAAGGAACUGGCCUGGUCACACUCACUGGGCUUGUGCUUCUGACUCUUGGGAGACACUCCUCGGCUGCUCCACCUGCCUUUGCCCUCGGACCCGCAGCGAAAGGCCUCCCUGUGGACACUGAGCGUCCAUCCUCAGCACUUGGAUUUCUACAGCGCCCUGGGCCAGAUUCCCAAAGACUUUCAGGUCCUAGACUCCAGCAGACGCUGAACAAUGGCCUCCAUGGGGUUACAGGUGAUGGGCAUCGCGCUGGCCGUGCUGGGCUGGCUGGGCGCCAUACUGAGCUGUGCGCUGCCCAUGUGGAAGGUGACGGCCUUCAUCGGCAGCAACAUCGUCACAUCGCAGACCAUCUGGGAGGGCCUGUGGAUGAACUGCGUGGUGCAGAGCACCGGCCAGAUGCAGUGCAAGGUGUACGAUUCUAUGCUGGCGCUGCCGCAGGACCUGCAGGCGGCCCGCGCCCUCAUCGUGGUCUGCAUCGUCCUGGCCGUGCUGGGCGUGCUGCUGUCCGUGGUGGGUGGCAAGUGCACCAACUGCGUGGAGGAUGAGAGCACCAAAGCCAAGGUCAUGAUUGUGGCGGGAGUGGUGUUUCUUCUGGCCGGCCUGCUGGUGAUGGUGCCCGUGUCCUGGACGGCCAACACCAUCAUCCGCGAUUUCUACAAUCCGCUGGUGGCCUCCGGCCAGAAGCGGGAGAUAGGUGCCUCGCUCUACGUGGGCUGGGCGGCCGCCGGGCUGAUGAUGCUUGGCGGGGCCCUGCUCUGCUGCAACUGCCCGCCCCGCGCUGACAAGCCCUACUCGGCCAAGUAUUCUGCCGCCCGCUCUGCCCCCGCCAGCAACUACGUGUAAGGUGCCGCUGCUCAGCUCUCCCUGUUGACUCUGUUUGUCCCUGGACUGAGCUCAGUGCAGCCUGUGACCGCGAGAUGGCCCUGCUGGGGGAUGGGCAAGCAGGGACUGGGACAGGCCAUCGGCCAGAAGCCCUCGCCCUUCUGGCCCUCUCGGAUACCUUCCUAAGGCCUCCUCUACACCAGCAAGAAUGGACUGAAAGGCUUCCUAGCCACCUUCCUCUGAAUGGACAUGGAUACAGGAGAGGGGGUGGCAGCAACCGGGCAUGGCAGUGGAGUGGGGAGCUGGCUCUUGCUGGCAAGGACAGCUCAGCCCCGGCUCUGCUUGGACUCUGACUGGGUGCCUUGCCCAUGCCGGUGUUGGCCACCGUUCCCUUUUUUGAUCUUCCCCAUUCCCUCCGAGUGCAUCCUGUGGAAACCUGUGGCCCUGAGAAUGGCUGGGGCCUCCCUCAUCCACCUGCCUGCGGAGCAGAGUUGACAGACGGGUUUAGAAGGGAGGGGUGAAGGUGCUACAACUGGUUUGGGUAGUGGUGGAGGAGGGGCUUCAGAGGCAGCCCUGGCUGCCCAUACCCCUCUUCCCCCCUCCUCUGCAGCCUCAGCAGAACCCUGGGCCCCUUGAAACUGUCCACCUCUGGAUCUGCCAUCCCUGCGAAGGUCGUUGCAGAGGGGAAACGGAAAGGGGAAAGCAGAGGGAAUGGUCUUACUCUGGCCUUCAUCCUAGUAAGCCCUGGGACUUUUUCCUGCCUUCUCUGUGGUUUGUUUUGUAAUUUAAGAUCUAUUUGUCACUGUAAUUACUAUUAUUUUCUAUAAUAAAUGGAACCUGUACACAGGAAGACUC